AUGAAGUACCCUCCAGUACUCUCUGAGGAAGCCUUGGAGACCCUCAUUUCUGAUGUUAAAGAUUGGCAAAUCACUCACGGAUCACUGCUUAAGCUUGUUCGAACCGAGGAUGAACACACAGUAUUGUCUCAGCCGGUCGGAUGCACUUUGUUCCCGACACUGUUUCCUAGAAACUUAUUCCAAGAGGCUCUCUCUUUGCAAGCAAUUUACAACAAGCUAUACGCUGCUGUGGCCGAGGAUGAAGAGUGGCUUUAUGAGACAUUGAAAGACUUGAUUGAUGUCGAUCCAUUGGCGAACGCACUGUGGUCAAUUUAUCAAGAGGUAAAACGAGAAGGAGUCCUGCAAAAUAUUACCCUUGGCAUCUUCCGUUCAGACUACAUGCUUCACAACGAUGCUCAAGACACAUCAAACGGCCUAGGACUGAAGCAAGUCGAGUUUAAUACAGUCUCAUGUGCUGGUGGGGUUCAUGGAAACAGAAUAUCAGAAAUGCAUCGGCAUCUUUACAGAACUGGCAUGUACCAGCAGCAUUCGGACUCGACCUCUGGAAGUCCCUCAACGGUCCCCCUAGAUACAUCGUCACUUCCACGGAAUUCAACAUUACCAAUGCUCGUUUCUGGUCUCAAAAGCGCGCAUGACGCAUAUAGACCAGCCUUAAGUCGGGGAAAUAGUAGGAAAACAUGCAUCAUCUUCAUCGUCCAGCCAUACAACUUCAACAUCGCAGACGAACGCCCAAUCGAGUACGCAUUGUGGGACGAGUCCAUAGCUAACUUCCGAGUUACAUGGGGACAUGAAGUCUUAUCGCAAACAUCUUUGACACCCAGCGGCGAACUGAUCUAUUCUCCGCCAGAACGAUCUAUCUCUUAUGAAGUUAGUGUUGUCUAUUUUCGAGCCGGCUUCGAGGUUCACGAAUUCAAUGACAUCGGCCAUAUGGCUCGUUUCCAACUCGAAAAGUCUAGAGCUAUCAAGUGUCCGUCUUUACUUUCACAUCUCACUACUUUCAAGAAAGUACAACAAGCACUAGCACUUCCCAAUGCCCUGGACCGUUUCUUGAAUUCAGAAGAAGCUGCACUAGUAUCGAAGACAUUCGCGCCGCAGUAUCCUCUUGAUACUUCUGCCUUUGGACAGCAUGCAAGGAAACUUGCAACAGACCCUAAAACAGCAAAGAGCUUCAUUCUGAAACCAUCACUUGAAGGUGGUGGCCACAACUUCUAUGGGGAAGACAUUGUGGCCUUCCUCAAAGCGACUCCCAAAGAGAUGUGGCAUCAAUACGUUCUCAUGGAGAAGAUCACGCCACCGCUGGUCAAGAACUUUCUGAUGUCAUCUCGUGGACUCUAUGAAGGGCCAGUCAUUUCCGAGCUGGGAGUUUUUAGAAUCUGCCUCUGGGAGAGGAAGACUGAGAGCGGAGGCAAGAUCAAAGCAGAAAUGCUUGACGUCCAGGAACCUUGCUGGUCUUUCAAGACGAAAGAUGCAAGUGUGAAUGAGAUGAGUGUGGUGAAAGGCUAUGGGUGCUUUGACAGUCCUGCAUUAGUGGAUUCCGACGUUUUUUUGUCUCUGCUUGAGAGGAAAUGA